AUGGCAAUUGCGGUCUUAUUUCUCCCAGAGGCGGCUGACUACAUCGCCUCGGAUGGCAAGGAGUCACUGGAACUUGCAGAGCCUCAAUCGACGUCAUCUUUUGUGAGCGGUCUUCGGGAGGCAGCUCGAGAGCAUCGCGUUGCUGUCCAUGUAGGUAUCCACCACCGUGAUGAGACAGAUAUUGGACAGGAGCAGUCAAAGAGGAUUCUGAACCGAACGAUCUACAUCAACGCAGAUGGCCAAAUCGACGAUACAGCAACUUAUGACAAGCUUCACGCAUUCGACUUUGGCAAGAUGAAGGAGAGUGACACAGUCCAGCCCGGUAAAACUCUCACGGCACCUUUCGACACGCCUAUAGGCCGCAUCGGAAGCCUCAUCUGCUUCGACCUACGCUUUCCAGAGGCACCCUUGGCACUUGCCCAGCCCGGUCCUCACAGCGCGUGGAAGAGCCACCCAGCGCAGGUACUGACAUACCCGAGUGCCUUCACCUGCCAGACAGGACCGGUGCACUGGGAGACUCUUCUCAAGGCCAGAGCCAUCGAGACACAGAGCUACGUCAUUGCGUCGGGUCAAGUUGGAAAACACAACGAGAAGAGAUCGAGUUGGGGGCAGAGCAUGAUCAUUGAUCCUUGGGGGAAGGUUGUGCUAAAGCUCAAAGGGGUGAAAGAGGAGGGUGGAAAAUAUGAGGGCACGCCGGAGGAGGGUGCUGUAGGGGAUAUUGGGUUUGUAGACAUUGAUCUUGAAUAUUUGGAGAAGAUUCGAAAUGACAGCCCUCUCCAGAGGAGAACGGAUGUUUAUCCUGAGUUGGUUUGCAGCAAGGCAUAG